UCAUGGGAGUCGUGGGAGUAAUGGGAAUGGUAGGAGUCAUAUGAGUGGUGGGAGUCAUAUGAGUGGUGAGAGUCAUGGGGGUGGUGGGAGUCAUGGGAGUGGUGAAAGUCAUGGGAGUGGUGGGAGUCAUGGGAGUGGUGGGAGUCAUGGGAGGGGUGGAAGUCAUGGGAGGGGUGGGAGUCAUGGGCGUGGUGGGAGUCAUGGGAGGGGUGGAUGUCAUGUGAGGGGUGGAAGUCAUGGGAGGGGUGGAAGUCAUGGGAGGGGUGAGAGUCAUGGGAGGGUGGGAGACAUGGGAGGGGUGAGAGUCAUGGGAGGGUGGGAGACAUGGGAGGGGUGA